AUGGGAGAAUUGACUUUUGAAGACCACCUGGUACUUCUCCGUAAGUCACUUCUCAGGUUCCGUGAACACAAACUCAAGUUGAAACCUCGAAAAUGCAACCUCUUUCAACUAGCGGCUAAGGUUUUGGGUCACAUUCUCGAUGAGCGCGGGAUUGCAGUCAAUCCCGAGAACAUCGAGAAAAUAGCAAAAACCCGCACUACGCCUUAUCAUCCUUCGUCUAAUGGUCAGGUUGAGCGAUAUAAUCGCACUCUUCUUCAAUUAAUUCGUUGUUUCCUGGGAGAGGACCAGCGGGAUUGGGAUAAUGAUUUACCCCUUCUCGCUGGUGUUAUCCGCUCUAUGCCGAAUCGGAGUACUGGUUUCACCCCCAUCAUGCUUAUGUUGGGAAGAGAGGUUCACAUGCCCUCCGAACUGGUCCUCAGCCCAUUCCUAAAACAACCUCCCGCAGCAUCGGCCGGCGAAUACGUACUGAAGCUGCGGGAGAAACUUGAGUUUGUCCAUCAUAUCGCUCGGCAGCACUUGGGUGUAGCCGAGCACCGUAGAAAAAAGGACUAUGAUGUACAACUCCGGGAAAAGAGGUAUCAGGCCGGGGAUAUCGUGUACAAGUCUUACACUGCGUCCAAGGUUGGGCAAAGCUCCAAACUUAGACCGCCUUGGCUUGGUCCGUUUCUGGUUGAGAAGGCAAUCUCGCCGGUUUUAUAUCUCAUCAACGGGCAGAGUAAGAACCAAGUCGUUCAUCAUGAUCGGCUUAAGCUCUGUCGAGAUCGGAUCUUGCCGUUCUGGCUUCGGAGAAAGCGUCAUCAUCUCCUUGGUCCGGACGAUUCAGUGAUUGCUCCAUGUACAGAUUCCCCUGACAUGGAAACUGGGGUGUUUCCCUUUUGUGCUCUGGAUGAAUUGGAGUUUGCGAUGUUGCCCAGGGUUCAUUAG